AUGGCCACGGCGGUUGACCAGAAACUACUUCGGCAGACCAAGUUUCCUCCCGAAUUCAACCAAAAAGUUGAUAUGAAAAAGGUCAAUAUCGAGGUGAUGAAAAAAUGGAUUGCAGGCAAGAUCUCCGAAAUACUUGGCUCCGAAGAUGACGUUGUUAUCGAGCUUUGUUUCAACUUGCUCGAGGGUUCGCGUUUCCCCGACAUCAAAGCGCUUCAAAUCUCGCUCACCGGAUUUCUUGACAAGGAUACCCCCAAAUUCUGCAAGGAAUUGUGGAACUUGUGCUUGAGUGCGCAGUCAAAUCCGCAAGGUGUCCCGAAGGAGUUACUUGAAGCCAAAAAGCUGGAGCUGAUACAGGAAAAGAUUGACGCUGAGAAAGCUGCCUUGGAAGCUAAGAAUAAAAAAGACGAGGAACAAGCUCAAGAGCGGGAGAUUGACUCCAUCCGACAGCGUGAACGAGCCGAGCGUGGCCGUGGUCGGCGUGGUGGUGGCCGUGGCGGACGAGGAUACGAUACGCGACCGCCGAGAUACUCAAGGCAGAGGGGCGCGGAACAUGGGUCGAGGGCGUUCGGUGACCAGAUCACCCUCUCGUCCUCGGUCCAGGUCCCUCUCCUCGUCGCGAUCGCGUCGUGCUGGCCGGUCCGCGUCAAAGUCAAGAUCCAGAUCGAGGUCCAGGUCCAGGCCCAAGACACCGGCAUAUUCCCGAAGCCCAUCCCCAGCACCGCGAAGAGAACGAGAUUCAAGAAGCAAGAGUCGGACUAA